AUCUAAAAAUCUAAAAAACACCUUAAAUAAAAUAAAAAUAAAAAUAAAAAAAAUGGCAUUUCUCAGGUCAGUAGUGGCUUCAACAACCGCCAUUGCAGCUGCCUCUGCUAUACCUGUAGCUUUUGCUCUUUCAUCUUCUUCUUCUUCUUCUUUGUCGUUUCGAUCUAUUCGAUUUUCCAGACCCCAAAACCUUCCCUGUCUCUCGUCCACACAAUCUCUUUUCCCAAAUCAGUUGGGCCUCGUCGGAAGCUUCACUCAGCCACACUCGGCUCUUCACAUGGUCGGACCCGUAUCAGAAGAAAAGCCCUCCUCUCAGAGUGAUGAUGCCGUCUUGCCAGAGCUUCUGACGGAAUACAUGGUGGAUAUGAAGUGUGAGGGCUGUGUUAACGCUGUCAAGAAUAAGCUGGAAACAGUUAAUGGAGUUAAAAGUGUUGAAGUGGACCUGAGCAAUCAGGUAGUAAGAGUUCUUGGUUCAGCCUCUGUGAAGACCAUGACCGAAGCUUUGGAGCAGACGGGUCGAAAAGCCAGACUAAUUGGGCAGGGCGUUCCUGAAGAUUUCUUGGUCUCUGCGGUUGUGGCAGAAUUCAAAGGCCCAGAUAUUUUCGGGGUGGUUCGAUUGGCACAGGCGAAUAUGGAAUUGGCUAGGAUUGAAGCCAAUUUUAGUGGAUUGUCCCCAGGGAAACAUGGAUGGUCUAUUAAUGAAUUUGGUGAUCUCACAAGAGGGGCUGCAAGCACUGGGAAAGUGUUUAACCCAACAAGUGAAGAACCUGCCAAUGAGCCAGUUGGUGACCUGGGAACAUUAGACGCUGAUGAGAAAGGUGAGGCCUUUUUCUCAGGAGUCAAACCGAAGCUGAGAGCAGCCGAUUUGAUUGGACGGUCAAUAGUGGUAUAUGGAACAGAAGACAAAUCGGAUUCUGGUAUCGCAGCUGCAGUAGUUGCUAGAAGUGCCGGUGUUGGUGAAAACUACAAAAAGCUUUGCACCUGUGAUGGCACCACCAUAUGGGAAGCCACCAACAACGACUUCGUCACCGGCAAGGUCUAAUAUUACCUUAUGAAAACACCAUAUAGUGCACAUGCUGGAGUUGAAUUUUUAUAUAGUUUCUGUAGUUUGCAGUCUCUGUGUUUCUCUAAAAAUUAGCUACUUAUGUGUAAUUGUCAUACACUAUUUAAUGUUAUAAAGGCUGAACCAUGAAAUCAUGACCUCUUCCUUUGUAUGAUUUUUGCAAUGAAUAAUGAUUACGACAGGAAGGAGAUUCGUGGAUGUGCAUACUUGCGGUG